AUGGGCCUGAAUUCAGCACUGGGAAGUCUUCUGUUUCUCCUCUGGAUGUCAGGAAUCUGGGCAGGUUUUACACAAAUGAAAUGCCACAAUUAUAAGCUGCAGUUUGAAAGAGUCUUCUCUGUUCCUGGGGAGGUGGCCAUGCUAAACAGCACCCUGCUCUCUCCAGAUGUCCUCAACUUUACGGCUGUCCCAUACAACAUCACCUGGUACAACUCAGAAACAGGACAGGAGAUGAGCAACCAGACGGGUCAGGUUCUGGUGGUCAGGGAGACUCUGUGGUUCCUUCACACAACACUGGAGGAUGCUGGGGAAUACGUGAUGAUACUGCAAACUCCUUCCAAGUGCUACAUGCAGUCCACUAAGCUGGAGGUGGACCUGCCGGUGUCUGGAGAGUGUGGAAGGCCAAUGAAAACCAGUCAGGACCUUACCAAAGGAGUGUCCGACACCCUGAACUGUCCUCUGAGGGACUAUAUUGAUAAACUGAACAGCUACAACAUCCCUUCAUCCCUCAACUGGUACAAAGAUUGUGACCCCAUAAUGGAUGGAAGGAGUGGGUAUACCUACAUGGAUAGUACCAAACUCUCCAUCUCCAAUGUGGAAACUGAAAACAGUGGCAUCUAUACCUGUACCCUGACGUUCAACGUUGGUGAUGUUACAGGAUCUGUGUCAGAGACCAUUGAAGCAACGAUCAGAGACGAGUACUUUUUGGUUCCACAAGUCCAUGAGCCAACAAAUGAAAUAAUUAAGGCAGAGACCGGGUUAAAUUUUACCAAGAGUUGUCUGGUGUUUGUGCCAGGUGUUGGAAUACCAUUUAUUGAUGUCCUUUGGUUGGUCAGAGAUACUUUUAUUCCUGAAACUCCUCCUCCUGCACGCAUCUACGUCUCACAACAAUGGAUGUGGAGACAAGAUGAACCUGAAGGAGUGUGGUUAGAACGGAUACUCGUGAUCUCUGAGCUGAAGGCGGAGGAUUUUAACAUCAACUAUACGUGUGGAGCACACAGCUCCCGCGGCAAUCCUGAUGGAUAUUUUACUUUGCUACCAGCAGAUCCAAACAUCAUCCUUCCCACUGGACUUGUUUUUGGAAGUGCGACUGUUCUCUUUAUCAUCAGCGUCGUCGUCUUCUACACCUUUAGGAUUGACAUUGCGCUGUGGUUCUGGAGAACCUUUCCAGUUCUGUACACAAAUAAAGAUCUAGAUGGAAAGCUAUAUGAUGCUUAUGUGACAUAUCCUCAGCUGGAUAUGUUUGGAUUCAGUGAGGAGGUGGAGAGGUUUGCCCUGCACGCACUGCCAGAGGUACUAGAAAAGGCCUGCGGAUACAAACUCUUCAUAGCAGGCCGUGACUGUCUGCCCGGGCAGGCUAUUGUGGAUUCAGUGGAUGAGAACAUAAAAUUGAGUCGUCGUGUCCUUCUGCUCUACACUGCCUCUACUUUCAUCAGUAAAAGACACACAGGCAGCACCAGCAGUAACAACAACAAUGUAUCAAAGAACAGUGAUGGUAAAAUUGAAAGUGAGACCAGAGACACCAACAUCAUGGGUUUGGAUGGUGAUGACAAAGUCUUCUCUGACACCAGACAGCAGCUGGAAUGUGUGGCAGCGAUGCACAGAGCGCUGCUGGAAGGAUCACUCAAGGUUGUUCUGGUUGAGAUGGAGGAGAUCACUCCAGCUCAGCUGGCCCUCUUCCCAGAGUCAGUGCGUCACCUGAGGAAGAAGCAGGGGGCUGUGUGUUGGUGGAAGAAUCUCCAGAAAAUGCAAAGGAGGAGGACAUGCGUGUGGUGGAGAGAGGACAAGGAAAAGGGUGGAGAAGACUCACCACUGUCACCAUCUCUCUCUCCUUCCUCCAGGUUCUGGAAGGAAAUGAGGUAUCACAUGCCUGUGAGGGGUAAAAGGGUGGUGUCUGCAGAGAAAACUGUCUUGUUGAGCCUGUGAUGGAGAUCUGUGUGUUGGUCAAAUGUUCAACCAGAGAUCAAGAACAUCAACAACAGAUAAAAUACAAGUGUUCUUAUGAGAAAUAUCACCUAAAAGGUAAACUGUAGCUUUGAUGCAUUCACUGCGCAACUCAAGUAGAACAUGGGCGGCUG